UUUGUCACUUUCCGCCCUCCUCGCCUAUUUAAGCCGUCUCCCUCUUCCCCGCCUGAAGUUUCUUCCCUUCGUCCUCGUCUCCUCGACCUCACCACCCGUCCAUCCCUACCUACCUCCCUACGGAUUGGUCGCCAUGCUAGAGAACCAGAGGCAAGCGGAGGUUCUUUGGCCGAGGCUGGUGGCGAACAAGCUCUUCAGGAAGCCAUCCGGCAGCCAUGCCUUCGUCGCCGACUUCCCGAUGGCCGUUGAUGACGACUUCGAUGGCGAGGCGGUGCCGGCGGCGGUGGAGUCGUUCGACGACGAUGGUUGCAGCCCCGACGCCGACGCCUGCCGCAGCGUGAAGCGGCCGCGGCCGCGGCCGCAGCAGCGAGCGAGCAACAAGACGCUCAAGUACAGGCUGUUCGCGAGCACGUGGAACGUCGGCGGCGUCGCGCCACCGGACGACCUCGACCUGUCGGACUGGCUCGACACGAGGAACGCCGCCUACGACAUCUACGUCCUCGGAUUCCAGGAGGUGGUGCCGUUGAGCGCGCGGAACGUGCUGGGCGCGGACAAGAAGCGCGUCGGGAUGCGCUGGAACGAGCUCGUGCGCGCGGCGCUGAACCGGUCGUCGCCGUCGGCGCCGAACUCCUCCCGUGACCAGAGAGAGGCCAAGGGCACCGGCGGCGGCGCAGCCGCAGCCGCAGCCGGAGGAGGGGAGAUAAAGCAGCAGGCGGCGCAGCAGAAGGUUCACCCGGUGCGGGGCGGCAUCGGCGGCGGUGGCGGCGAGCUCGCCUGCAGGGACUACCGGUGCGUGGUGAGCAAGCAGAUGGUCGGCAUCCUCCUCACCGUCUGGGUCCGCGCCGACCUCGCCCGCUUCGUCCGCCGCGCCAGCGUCUCCUGCGUCGGCUGCGGCGUCAUGGGCUGCCUCGGCAACAAGGGCGCCGUGUCCGUCAGGUUCUGGCUCCACGACACGAGCUUCUGCGUGGCGUGCUGCCACCUCGCGUCCGGCGGCCGCGACGGCGACGAGGCGCACCGCAACGCCGACGCCACGGAGAUCCUCUCCCGGACGACCUUCCCCCGGGGGCACUCGCUCAACCUCCCCCAGAAGAUUCUAGACCACGACCGAGUGAUCCUGCUUGGGGACCUCAACUACAGGAUCUCCCUGCCGGAGGCGAAGACGAGGUUGCUGGUGGAGAGGCAGGACUGGAAGACGCUGCUCGAAAAUGACCAGCUGCGAAGCGAGGUGGAAUCGGAAGGAGGCGCAUUCCAUGGCUGGAACGAGGGUGCCAUCGCCUUCUCGCCGACGUACAAGUACUACCCCAACUCCGACACCUACUACGGCUGCGCCUCCCAUGGCAGGAAAGGCGAGAAGCGGCGCGCGCCGGCGUGGUGUGACCGGAUACUAUGGCGCGGCGCCGGGCUGAAGCAGAAGCGGUACGACCGGUGCGAGUCGCGGCUGUCGGACCACCGGCCGGUGAGGGCGCUGUUCGAGGUGGAGGUGGGGGCGCCGAGGAGGAACCUCAACUCGCUGCGGAGCUUCUUCCUGUCGGAGAGGUUCGACGGCGGGAGGAGCGCCGCCGCCGACCUGCUCCGGGAGGAUGGCACCGCCAGCAGCGCGAGAUUCGGCGACACCAUUUGAUGCUUUCUUGCAGAUAAACAGAGAGAGGAUCAGUGGAAGAAGAGGAUGAGAGAUCUAGAGAAAGAGAAUCAGAGAGACAGAGAGGGUGUAAUGUAAAUUGAUUAUUCUGUCCUGAGUAAAUGUUCGUAUAUAAUCUGCAGUAUAGCUAGGAUACAGACUGUUCCUGACUUCCUGUAACUAUACAUAUGUACUCUUCAUGAUCAGAAAUUCACAAUACCAGAUCAAUUUGUCUAGAA